AUGACACCUUUCAUAAGAGCCACUAAUAUCGCUCUCGCGUGUCUUGAAGAGAUCAAGGUUGAUGGGAUGCGUGCCCCUGUCUCCGCCGUGGACAUGAUCUGUCAGCAGAACGAUAUGCCUAUGCACCAAACCCAUCAGACCGCGGAAUCAAUUCGGAAGCCCUACCUUGUCAUUCUCCCUUUGAACAGCGCAUGCGCUCCCUUCCAGGAUGAGAAGGGCGGCAAGAAGGGGAAAGAGGAGGAGGAACAGGAGGAGGACGAGAAGUGCAAAAGGAAGCGCAAGGCUCACAUGGACACAAAUGCAAUGGCAAAGCCAAAGAAUCUCCCCUGGAAAGAUGUUCUAGUUUGCAUCGAGUUCAAGAGAAAGAUGCCAGGGAGGACGAAAGGGAUCGACCCACCGCCCUGUUCGUACAUAGUGAAAGACUAUGUCCCCACCAAGCCAGAAUAUCUGCCAGUGGAUCAUCUUGAGGCUGAGAACCUGGCACCAGGCUCUUCGCAGACUCCAGCAAGACAACCUGUGUCAGACACUGCAUUUCUAUCUUCUAGUCUUACUUCUGCACGGCCUUCCUGGGGCAGGUCCAGGUCCAAGCGCAAGGCCAUGAGUACUUUGCAAUCCGCCGCGAAAAAAUUCAAGAUGGAUCCUGACGGCACAGACACUGAUGUGGAUGCCGAUUUAGAUGUAACCAUCCAGACGGGUCUGUACGUCGCCGAAAUGUUUGCGGACAAUCUCGGAGUCACUUAUCUGCUGAAUAUUAUUAUUGUCGACAAUGUAAUGAGAAUCUGGUAUUAUGAUCGGCAAGGAAUUAUUCAAUGCUCAGGCAUCAACUUCAUUCAAGAUCUCCCACGAUUCAUGGUGCUGUUGUAUGCUUUACAAUGCUUCAAGCUUCAUGAUUGGGGCAAUAAGGUCUUCCUCCCAGUUCAAGUUGAGGGGAAACGAUGCCACAAAAUCAAAAUCAAAGAUGAGAAACUUGGAGAAGUAGAUCUGCUGCUUCACACUAGUUACAACAGAAGAGUGACACGCUACGGACUGCAAGGACGGGCCACUAAUGUGGUCCCUGUCGCCAGUGAAGCGCUCAUGAAAAAAUACGAUAAUCUCCAGGAUGAGAUGGUGGCCAAAAUAUUUUGGGGAGAGGCGAGUCGCACAAGCGAACCGGAAAUCUUGGACAAGGUUGAUGAGAUCGCGAAGCACUACAAGUUCAUGAAUUCCACGUCCGCCAUCCGGGAGGCGCUCAGCGUUCCAGACCCCACCACAGGCAGUCGCAUCCUCUACAUUCUCGUAUUUCGCAAGCUCAAGCCGAUCACGGAGCUCUACAGUAGAGAGCUUUUCGACGUGUGGUAUCAAUGCAUACUAUGUCACCUUACUUUGUGGAAGGAGGGGGUCUAUCAUCGAGAUGUCAGCCCUGGAAACCUGAUGUGGUACUGGCAAGACGGGAAGCGGAUAGGUGUUUUAAACGAUUACAAUCUAUCCUCAUUGGCGGAUGACACAGGUUCUCGAGGCAAUGAAUGCAUAGGAAUGAUACCAUUCAUGGCGAUCGAUCUUCUCAGUGUAACAGGUCAACGAGGCGAAGUCAAAGAUCUAUAUCACCAUGAUCUGGAGUCCUUUAUGUGGUGCUUUGCCUGGAUCUCCUUGAAAGGAGUCCAUCUAUCUCAGGGAUUGCGCCCCGUCGAUGAAUGGGCGACUUUAGAUGCCAGGGCAUGUCCCGUCGAGAAGUUUUUUUUCCAGGGGCAUAUAGAAGUCCCCGCACACUUGCACAAAGAUAAACUUAUGUGGAAAUUCCUUGUGGAUUGUUUCCAUGUGCUUAACACGCACUCCUUUAAUCGAGUCACACAACUAUACCAAUCACUAAUAUCGGGGGACAAACUGACCAACUCUGAGGAAUCAGAAUCAGACAUUGAUGGUUUUCUGCUGUCAUUCAAGAACACUGAGAGCUGGGCUGCUCUCAGCAAACCUUCACAGUAA